CUCUAUCCCCGUAUUCCUUCCCUAGCCUGUUCCAAGACUUCUUUUAACACCCUGCCCAGACUAGGGGGACUUCUGGUUUGGUUCCACCACUCCAGACGUCUCUAGUUUCUCCUUUUCCUCGCUGUCAUACAUCUGUUUGCAGUGUGGACGUGUCACUCUCUUGUGCUGCCGCACCCAGGACAAUUGUCCAACAGGGAAGAAGCAGGCUGUUCUAUCCACACCCCUCCCUCUUAGUUGUGAGCACGGGCAGAGGCUCCUGCAACUUAAAGCUCCAGACCAACACCCAGAUUCCAGGUCUCUUCCGCUCUCCUGCUGGCUGCUCUGGCACCUGCCAGUACAGCAAACAGGUACUUGCUGACUCCUCUGCUCCGCUCCAGCAAGCUCCAGCAACCUCUGAUGCCUUACGAUGGCCACAUCAAUUCUUCUGCCUCUCUGCCCACCCUCUUCUGGGUCAGUGGCUCUGGAGACAGUGUGCUGAGUAUUGAAGGUGCUGCAGUGCCCGUUCAGGUCCUUGCUCUGAGGAUCGUGGUCACACUGGCCUAUGGACUUGUAGGUAUUAUUGGCUUGCUGGGAAAUUUGGCUAUACUGUGGGUACCAGGUAACUAUGCUCAGCAUGUGCCUGGUCCACCUUCUGAUACCUUUGUCUUCAGCCUGGCUCUGGCAGACCUGGGGCUGGCCCUCACUCUCUCUUUCUGGGUAACUGAGUAAGCACUGGACUCACACUGGCCUUUUGGAAGUGCCCUCUGCAAGGUAAUCCUGACGACUCCUGGCCUCAGCAUCCACGGCAGCACCUUCCUAAUCACAGCGCUGAGUGUUGCCAGAUACUGGGUGCUGGCCAUGGUUGUGAGACCAGGCAGGCACCUGUCUGUCUUCUGGGCAUGUGUGGUCACCCUGGCAGUGUAGGUGGCGGCAGCCCUGGUGACUGUGCCCACAGCAACCUUUGGGGCUGAGGGUAGGUUGUGAGGUGUGCGCCUCUGCCUUCUGCGUUUCCCCAGCAGAUACUGGCUGGGGGCAUACCAGCUACAGAGGGUGGUUCUGACCUUCAUCGUGUCUUUGGGCACCAUCACCACUGCUGCUGCUGGCUUUUCCACAGAGUCGCAGUGGUGCAGGCCUCCGUGGUGGCAGGACAGCUGAGUGGUAGCCCGCUCUGUUCCUGUCCUGAUGGUUUCCUUCGUCUUCUGCUGGUUUCCCAACCAUGCAGUCACCCUCUGGGGCAUUCUGGUAGUGGUUUACCUGGUGCCCUGGGACAGCACUUUCUACAUCAUCCAUACUUUUUUUUUUCCUGUCAUCACCCACUUGGCACACAGCAACAGCUGCCUCAACCCUGUGCUAUGUCUUCUCUGGUGCCAGCCUCAGCAAGUUCUGGUCAGUGCCUUCAGGGACCCCUGGUCAAGGCCUGUGUGAAGUGGGAGAUGGGUAGCUGGCACCAGAGCGUGGACUCUCGACAAGCCCAAACACAAAGGGACACCUGGAUGCCACCUGGACGUUCCCGUUCCCUUUUCUGAGAUCUACCAGGGGCAGAACCCACAGAUUCUGGGGAGAAGCUGCGCUCUCUGCCAGUCUGUAGGGUCCCCAGGGAAAGUCUGACCUUUGAUCACCAACUGUGGGUGUGGCAGGACCUAGAAGCUGGAGGCCAGGCCGAAAGUGGGUGUGGCAAUACUUGUCCCCAGAGGUGGCGAAGAGAAACCGGGACUAAACCUCUGCACCAUCCAGACUGUCUGACCUUUCGUGCCCGUACAGCACAGGAUACCUUCCCUGGAUGGGGUCUAGACCAAAUCAGACAUGGGUUCUCCUGGUCUCACUCUCUUCAAAACAGGGCAUCCCUUAAUCCCUCUUUGGUACCCAAACCAAAAAUACCUUCUCUGGCCAUUCAGUUUCUUAUCAUCUCAGGGGUAGCCAAAGAAACGACACAUAAGCCUCCGCUUUUGCAGCAGGAAGAGGCCAGAGCGGGGCUUGCUGGAACCUGUGGUUCCAGUCAGGAGAUCCUGGAUGUGUAGCCUGGUGAGAAUAGUGAAUAGAUCCACAUCCUUCAGUCAAGCACGGAAGGGAGGCAAUUACAAGGGAAAGGGUGGGGCGAAGGGAGGGGUACAGAAGAGGUCUGGAGGAUCAGGAAGAAUCAGGAACCAAAGGCUGAGUUUCAGUAGCAUGCCAGAGUCCGUGGUCUAACCCAUCCCCCUUGGGCGAAUUACCCCUCUAUAUCAGCUUCUUCUUGUUUGCUUUUUUUCAAGACAUGAUUUCUCUGGGUAGCCCUGGUUGAUCUGGAACUCACAUUGUAGACCAGGCUGGCCUCGAACUCACAGAGUUCUGCCUGCUUCUGCCUCCCAAGUGCUGGGAUUAAAGGCGUGCCCACCGCCCACCUCAGGUUUCUUUUUAAGUUGGAGUGGGGUCUCAUGCGACUCAGGCUGAGGGUAGCUUGAACUCUUUAAUCUUGAUCCCAAAGGCUAGAAUCAUAGGCAUGUGCUGACACAUGUAGCUUUCUUAGUUCGGUUUUUUCUUGCUUCCUUUCCUUUUUCUCCCUUCAUUUGUGUGUGUGCUCACACUUGCAUAUGUGAAUGCCAGAAGCAGACGUAAGGUUUCUUCUUUAGUUUAUCUUUCUCAGAGACGGGGUCAUACUACAUCUCCCUUUCCUGGAACUCCUAAUGUAGUCCAUAGAUGCACCUGCCUAUGCCUCCCAAGUGCCAGGUUAUAGGCAUGUGUCGCCACACUUGCUCUUCCUUUUACAAGUUACGCUUGUUUGGGCAAGGAGACGUGCUACUUCCACGUGGAGACCAGAGGACAGCUUACAGUCAAUUCUCUCCUUUUGCCAUCUGAGAUUCAGGGACUGAAUCUAGACUAUCAAGCUUUGUAGCAAGGACCUCUACCUGCUCAAGUAUUUUUCUUAAUUUUUUUUGCAUGUGUAUUAGUGUUUGCCUGCAUGAAUAUUAGUUUGUUGGGUUUUGUUUUCCUUUUUUAAAUAUAUAUUUUUGUGUAGUGGUGCUUUGCCUGAAUGUAUGUGAGGGUGUCAUAUAUCCUGGAACUGGAGUUACAGACAGGUAUGGGCUGCCAUAUGGGUGCUGGGAAUUGAACCUGGGUCCUAUGGAAGAGCAGCCAGUGCUCUUAACCACUAAGCUCUCUCCAGACCCUGUUGAACCCCUGCCCCAAAACCAAGCUUUUGUUUUAAGACAAGGUUUCUGUGUGGUCAUGGCAGUCCUGGAACUCACUCUGUAGACCAGGCUGACUUUGAAUUCAGAGAUCCAUUGUUUUCUGAGUGUCAUUCUACCUGGCUGUCAAUUUUUUUUAAUUGAAAAUAAUUAUGUAAAUGUGUGAGUGCCCAGAUAGCAGCUCCUCUGGGGCUUAUUUUGGGGAGCUAUAAACUACCCAGCCCAGGGUACUGGGAGCCAGAUUCAGGUCCUAUGGAAAAUCAGCAAGCACUCUUGACUGUCAAACUAGCUCCCCAGCCCCACCUUCCCUUGAGAAAGUGUCUCACACUGACCUCGGAGCUGACCUAUUGGCUUGACUGGCUGAGCAGUGAGAAUCAGGUGCUGCUGCAGCUGGCUGAGCAGUGAGAAUCAGGUGCUGCUGCAGCUGGCUUUUCUGUAGGCACCAACGGCCAUGCAUACUCAGGGCCUCACGGCUGCAUGACAAGGACGGUACCUCCAACUCAAUAAAGGCUGGCCUGGAACUCCUGAUUUUCUUGUCCUCCCUCCCAAGUAUUGGGGUGCUGCCAUGCCCAGCUUUCGAUCAGUUUUCUAAAGGCUGGGACUGUAUCUCAGUUGAUGGAGAAUUCAAGAUAUUCCUAAACUACAUAGAGUCCAGGACCAGCUUGGGGUAGAGGACUCGACAGUGCCGGAGGACGCAGUGUUACUAUUAUUUGCAGUUUCCAUGGAAAAUGGAGAGGAAAUAGGGCAGCUGACAGAUAGGUACAGGACACCAUGAAGGUCCUGGUAUAUGGAGUACAAUGAGAGUCUCGCACAAAAGAGAUAUGGUCAUGCAUACCCAUACAUGCACGCCAUAGACCACAUAUAUAAUAAAACAGUUUUUUAAGGACCAGCAAGAUAGCAAGCAAAGCAGGGAAAACACUUGGCACACAAGCCUGGCAACCUGGGCUGGACU